AUGGUGCGUGAUGCUAAUAAAUUUCCUUUUGCCAUUUUCUUGUGCGUGUUCUUCAUAGUCAGUCUGACCGGCAACCUGAUCACUUGCUUCGUAAUUUACUACGACAAAUCAAUGCAUACAGUAACUAAUUAUUAUUUGCUGAACUUAGCCAUAUCCGACUUAGCACUCACGUUUACGAUGUUGGAAGAAAUUUUGGAGAAUCUUGUUUCCACAGUGGUGAAGGUAAUUGUGAUAUUAUGGUUGGUUUCGAUCGCCGAGGCGGUGUUGGACACGCUCGACGUCGAUGCUUGGAAGGUCCGAGAGACGUGGGUGUGUCAUACGUUCCCAACUCUGCGGUCAAAGCUUCCUAUGACGGGCAAAGUUAUUAUAGUGACAGGAGCUAAUAGCGGGUUAGGGUUCGAAACGGCCAAAGAUCUGGCGAAACGUGGAGGUCGGGUCAUCAUGGCCUGUCGGAACGAGCACCGCGCGCUCGCAGCCCGCGAUUCAAUCAUCAAAGAGACAAGUAACCCAGAAGUCGUUUACAAGCACCUCGACAUGUCGUCCCUUGCGUCGGUGCGACGAUUCGUCGAGGACAUCAACAACACGGAGAAGCGACUAGAUGUCCUCGUCAACAACGCAGGAGUCAACGGGUGCGGGGAUCGUUUCACGGAGGACGGCAUUGUCGAAGAGAUGCAAGUCAAUUACUUCGCAGCAUUUCUCUUAACUCUUCUCCUUCUGCCUCUACUGAAGAAAACCGGGGCGAGCCGGAUUUCGUUCACAAUGUUUUACCAAACUCCAACGGUAUCGCGUGAGUUUAACUAUACAAUGUGGGCUGAAUUUUUAGAAGAAGCAUUGCCUAAAGAGUACGUUUACUCCAAGGUGAUAUAUGCAAUAUCCAUGUUCUGCAUAUUUACGGUCAGCCUUAUAGGAAAUUUUCUUACCUGCGUUGUCAUUUACUACGACAAAUCUAUGCAUACUGCAACUAAUUAUUACCUAUUCAACUUAGCCGUGUCGGACUUGAUCGUCACCUUCUGCAUUCUACUGGCGGUACAAGAGAAACUGAGUGACGCCGACAUCUUUGGUCAUCAGGUAGCGUGCCAAAUAUAUUUCGUGUGUGUGGUCUGCUCGUGGAACAACAGUAUCCUGACCAUAACCGCCUUGUCUAUUGAGAGAUAUAUGGCCAUUAUGCGCCCUUUAUUGCUGAAAUCAACUCCAAUGUGGCGGAGAGUUACUAAAGUAAUUGUCGUACUGUGGUUUAUAGCGAUUUUGGAGACAGUCCCAGAAAUGUUUACAGUUUCAGCAAUCACGACUCAACAAUCAACCAGCAUAUGUUUCACGAUUCCGACCGCUUUAUCCAGGGUUGUAAACGGAGUGCUAGCAAUUAUAACUUUUCUGAUACCACUUCUAAUAAUGACGUUUGUAUAUUCAAUGAUCGCAGUAAAAGUUAAUGUCACACCGAAAGACUGUUCAAGAAAUCAGAUUUUCAAUUAUCGAAAUCCCAGAAGCAAAGUUAACAAAUUAUUAGUAGCUAUGACGCUGUCAUUCCUAAUUUGCUGGCUGCCAUUCUUCGCCAUCCGAGUCAUGAUUGCCACCCUGGACGUCCAGCAGCUGAAAGCUUCCGCUGAGUGGUGGGGGCUCGGUUAUAGAGUUACAGACAUCAACAGCUGGUUUAGCAUCGCAAUAAAUCCAAUUCUCUUCAGCCUUAUGUCCACUAAGUUCAGAAAGGCUCUAAAGUCGUUUUGGAAUACGAAACUUAGGAACAAGCGUCACCUGAAGUCCCAGCGCAGUUACGAGAAUAAUACUUGUACGAGGGUAUAAUAAUUAUUAAUGACGAAAAAGGGUGCGAUAGUCGAGC